AUGAACCAAAUGGGCACCAUUGACACUUGGGUUUCCUGCUGCACCCCAGGGCAGAGGCUCCUCCAGAGCCCCAGCCCAGCCUGGUGCUGUCCCUGCCUGAUCCCCUCAUUCCCCCUUCCCUCCCUGCUCUCUGCUCCCUGCCUGGCUCCCUGGGGUUUUGGGGAGCACUCCAGGGCUGCCUGGCCAGGAAUGUCACCUGUUCAUCCUUUAUUUGACCUCACUUGGGAGAGGUGUCCCAGCACCACCAGCUCAGUCUGUGUGUGCCCUCAGCAGCCUGGAAAUGUGGGAGAGCUGAGGAUUGCCCCUUCCUGCAGGAGGGAGAGCUCAGCAUUGCCCCUUCCUGCAGGGGGAGAGCUCAGCAUUGCCCCUUCCUGCAGGGGGAGAGGAGAGCUCAGCAUUGCCCCUCCCUGCAGGGGGAGAGCUCAGCAUUGUCCUUUCCUGCAGGAGGAGAGCUCAGCAUUGCCCUUCCCUGCAGGGGGAGAGGAGAGCUCAGCAUUGCCCCUCCCUGCAGGGGGAGAGCUCAGCAUUGCCCCUUCCUGCAGGGGGAGAGCUCAGCAUUGCCCCUUCCUGCUCAGCAUUGCCCCUUCCUCCAGGGGGAGAGCUCAGCAUUGCCCCUUCCUGCUCAGCAUUGCCCCUUCCUGCUCAGCAUUGCCCCUUCCUGCUCAGCAUUGCCCCUUCCUGCAGGAGGAGCUUUCCCUGCACUCGUGGUGCUCGUGGGCUGCUCUCACUGGGGUGUUCCCACUCUCAUUUCCUCUUUGCUGUGUUUCCAUCACAGAGAAUCCCAGACUGGUUUGGGGUGGGGGGACCUUGAAGCUCAUCUUGGCCACCCCUCCUUUGUGGAUGUUUCAGUACUCCAGCUCCUCGAGCUUAUUCCCAUUCCCAGUUGUUCCAGUCUCCUCAUUUACCAGUAAUCCACCUUUCUGGGGUUUGUUAGGCAAGAUUUGUGCAGAAGGCUGAUGGUGCUAUUUGUUUGUAUGAAGAAAUUUAGAUUCAAGUGCUGUGGUGUCAUUGUACAAAAAUGUAAAUAUUUUCCAAAUUAUAUUCUUUGUGCACUGUA